AUGAGCAGGGACGGCGGCCGCGCAUCGUCGGCAACUGGGGAUGAGCGCGGCGGCAUGGAGGAGGUAGCAGUAGCAGCAGGCAUGAAGCGCGCCGCCUGCAAGCGCCCGCGCGGCGCGCUCGACGGCGGCGGGUCGGCAGCCGCGUGGAAUGCGAGCCGGGUGGCGCGCGCCGCGGCCGGCGGCAAGGACCGCCACAGCAAGGUGGUGACGGCGCGGGGGCUGCGGGACCGCCGCGUCCGUCUCUCCGUGCCCACGGCCAUCCAGUUCUACGACAUCCAGGACCGCCUCGGCGUCGACCAGCCCAGCAAGGCCAUCGAGUGGCUCAUCCGCGCCGCCGCCGCCGCCGCUAUCGACGGCCUCCCGUCGCUCGACUGCUCCUUCGCCCUCCCCACCGCCGCCGGGGCCGCAUCUCCGCCGGGCGCUGGCGACGACGCCGAGGUCAGCACCUCCGACACCAGCAAGAGCUCCGUGCUCUCGCUCGCCAACGCCCGGCUGACAACGCUGCCGCCGCCGCUCAGCAAGCCAGUCACGCCUACAGCGGCAACGCCGGCGGCGGCGGCGCGUUCGCCGAGCUGA